AACAAACAUCGAACCCCAUCCACGUCCCAUGGAAACAGCAAGAUAACCGGAGACCGAAAACCAGAGAGAGCACAAUGCGCGGUUCGCUUCCCCCGUCGCCUCUCCCAGCGCAGUUUCAGCAGGGAGCAGCUCAGUCCAGCGAGAGAGGGGAGGAGGGCUCAGUGAACGCGUGGCUCCCAGAGAGUUACUGUGUGCCGUUCGAGCCUCCGACGCGAGUCCUGUGAUAGACAAUUCCCGUGCUAUGUGAAGCGAGUAGUAUCUCCUGAUAGAUAGAUGUUCUUACGAGCAAAUAAACCGAGUGGGUUUUCUCUAGCUGGUUGAAUAGAUUAUCAAAAUGGUGCCUGCAAGCGACUGGAAUGAUUAUGGGAAAAACAAAUCCUGAAAAAUGAGGGAAACGAAGAGAAAUCCCAUGAAAAAAAACGUAGUGCAUCUGUAGUUUAAAAAUAAUUGUGAAAUAGAGAGAAACGCUGAUAAGGAACGAGAGGACACAGAGAGGAGAGAUAGCGAGAUAGGAAAGAUAGGAAGUGACUCAGAUAGAAACCAAAACACUGGCAAACAGGAGUUGGGGGGGGGCGAAAAUGUACCCCGCCAUGUAGAGACAAUGACCUCACCGACAGGCAGUAAGGCGGAGCACUGAGGUCACCCCCCCCCCCCACAUCAUGCCAACAGUGCCCCCGCCGCCGCUCGUGCCCACCCUGCUGCACGUGGCACCAGUCCUGCACGUGGCACCGAUCUUACAUGUGGCACCUCUCCUCAUGCUCCUCACCGCACACACAGGCUUCGCUCUGCCAGAACCGGGUUCCAAGGGCAAGAAGAAGACCGGGAACUGGAAGCCUCCGGAGUUCGACGAAUCGCUGGCCAACAACAUCACCGUAAUGGAGGGGGAUCCUGCCUCGCUUCCCUGCGUCGUUACCAGACUACGCGGUCGAUCCGUCUCGUGGAUUCGACAACGGGAUCUCCACGUCAUCUCCGCCAACGAACUGACUUUCACUUCAGAUGACAGAUUCAAGGUGGUGAUCGACAACGCCACUUCGUCCUUCACACUACACGUCGCUGUGGCACUCCGGAAUGACACCGGCGUGUACGAGUGCCAGGUCAACACUCGACCCAAGCUGUCCAGACCCAUCACUCUCACAGUCCAGGUACCGGCUGCCACAAUCCAAGGACCUGGUGAAUUGUUUAUCAAGAGCGGUUCAACCCUCGUCCUCAGCUGUACGGCUUUGCUCCACCCAGAUGCCAAUUCCACGGUCGACUGGCUCCACAACGGAACCAAGAUGAGCAUCGCAGGGCCCCGUGGCGGAGUCAGCAUCCACACGGAGCGGGCCGGCCAGCUCGUGUCCUCCAAGCUAUCCGUGGUACGAGCGGCCGGACGCGACGCCGGGAACUACACGUGUCAACCGGAUUCCGUUCAUCCGGCGAAUACGACCGUGUACAUUGUAGAAGGCGAGUUUCCAGCGGCCAUGCACCACGAGAGCUGCGUCGAGGUCCCUUCUGCGAGUGUUUGGGCGUCCCUUCUUCUCGCGGGCUUCGUCCUCCUCGCCGGCAGAUGAUGCGUCCACCAUUCACAGCUCUGCAUUUUAUACUAACCGGUUUUUUUUAUUGGGUUUGGCAUGAGUAGGUCCUAGUUUCCUUUGUAUUUCGACUGCAUUUUUGUGGUAAUAUUUCAGGGGCGGGAUCAUUGUAUGGGGGAAUAAAAAAAAGAAACUUAAAUGUAGAUUAUAUAUGAAUAUAUAUAUUGUAAAUCAUAUGUGUCAAUAAAACAGAUAUGAAAUUU